AUGCUGUCAAUUCUCAUCUGGGCCUAUCUGCGUCAUCUCAGCGUUCAGUGCCAUGCUGAGCCCUCCGAACCGUUCGGCAGUGUGCGCGGUGCAGAAUCAACGACCCUCCAGACGACUCCAGACUGUGGUCCCGAAGUGCCGGGGUCCCUGGCGAGCUUUCGAAGUCGGCGUGCUGCCAUCGACGUACUGGAAACGCUUCGCAACGGCAGGCUAGGCUCGGGGGAAUCGAUCGAUCUGAGAUUUGAACCUGAAACCGGUGACGGUACGAAAUUAGACAUUCGGUUAGCUUUUAACGGCUCCUCAACGAUCCAUAAAGAUUCGCGGAGUGGAAGCGGCCGGAGCCGGAGUGACGUUGGCACAUCGUUACCGGAACCGUACGGAGCCCCCGGGACAACGGAAACCAUCGGGUUGCUGGCACACUCCGGGGCCGGCUCGCAAUCGGUGAACGAUGUCAUUGGCAUGAACAUUACUCCGGCAUUAUCGCAGGUCCUUUUAGCGCCUUCCGCGACCAGCGGCUUCGGGCUGGCAAUCCUGAUGGCCGCCAAUGGAGCCCCGGAUGAUAACGGAACCCGCGGUGAGGAGAUAAAUUCCUUUUACUUUUAUGAGACUGAACAGUUCGCUGUGAUGUGGGUGCUGUUUACGGUGAUCGUGCUGGGAAACUCGGCCGUGCUGGUAACGCUGACACUGAACAGGACCCGCAAAUCACGGAUGAAUUUCUUCAUCAAGCAACUGGCCAUUGCGGAUCUCUGCGUCGGACUGCUGAGCGUCCUGACGGACAACAUAUGGCGCACGACGGUGGUGUGGCGGGCGGGCAAUACGGCCUGCAAAACGAUACGGUUCGUGCAGGCGUGCGUUACCUACGCUUCGACGUACGUUCUGGUGGCGCUCAGCAUCGACCGGUACGACGCCAUCACGCACCCGAUGAACUUUUCCGGCUGCUGGAGUCGGGCUAGGAAGCUGGUUGCGGCUGCUUGGAGUUUAAGUAUCCUUUUCUCCCUGCCGAUAAUAUACUUCUUCGAGGAGCGACUAAUACAGGGUAAAAUGCAGUGCUGGAUAGACCUGGUCGAUGCCUGGCGAUGGCAGCUGUACAUGUGUUGGGUGUCGGGCUCACUGUUCGUCAUACCGGCGCUCAUCAUCUCCGCCUGUUACGCCAUCAUCGUGCGGACGAUCUGGUCGAAGGGCACCAUCCUCGGACCGACCGAUCGAGCACACAACGGCAUGGCCGAUCUGGCGUGUCGGAGAGCCAGCUCACGUGGCAUCAUUCCCCGGGCCAAGGUGAAAACGGUCAAGAUGACGAUUGUGAUCGUGAUCGUGUUUGUGCUCUGCUGGUCGCCGUAUAUCAUCUUUGAUCUGCUGCAAGUGUUCGAGCAGAUUCCCAAGACACAAACCAAUGUCGCGAUUGCCACGUUUAUCCAGAGCCUGGCACCGCUCAACUCGGCCGCCAAUCCGCUCAUCUACUGUCUCUUCUCGACGCAGGUCUGCCGGAUGAUAAAACGGCUGCCGCCAUUCCGGUGGCUUUGGUCGACGAAGUGGUGCUGCAAACAGCACGACACCGGCACCGUUCCCCUGGGCAAUGGGUCGGCGGGCAACGGGACGACCGGCCGGUUCCACAAUCGCAACAGCAGCGACUCGAUGCGGACCCUGACCACCUCGCUGACCGUGUCCCGGAGGUCCUGUAUGCGACCGGCGCGCGUUGUUAUCGUCGAGCGACCGAAAACGGAACUGGCCAUGUCCGCGGUGUAA